AUGAAUCGUCUGUUUGGAAGAGCUAAACCAAAAGAACCACCCGCCAAUCUAAAUGAUUGUAUUAGUAAUAUUGAUUCCCGAGGAGAAUCAUUAGAUAAAAAGAUAAACCGGCUGGAUAUGGAAUUGAAAAAAUAUAAAGAUCAAAUGAAAAAAAUGAGGGAAGGUCCUUCCAAGAACAUGGUCAAACAAAAAGCAAUGCGGGUAUUGAAGCAGAAAAAAAUGUAUGAACAACAAAGGGAACAGUUGGACAGUCAGUCUUUCAAUUUGGAACAGCAAAACUUUGCCAUACAAUCAUUGAAAGAUACAAAGACAACUGUGGAUGCAAUGAAAGGUGGAGUAAAGGAAUUUAAAAAGGCUUAUAAACAUGUCAAUAUUGAUGACAUUGAGGAUUUACAAGACCAAUUAGAAGACUUGACGGAACAAGCAAAUGAAGUCCAAGAGAUUAUGGGCCGCAGUUAUGGUAUGCCUGAAAUUGAUGAUUCAGAAUUAGAAGCUGAACUUGAUGCUCUGGGAGAUGAAAUUGGCCUUGAUGAAGACACAUCUUACCUGGAUGAUGCUGUAUCUACUCCUAGUGUUCCUACUAGUGAACCAGGUGCUGAUAGUAUGAAGGACAGUGUGCCUGUCGAUGAAUUUGGAUUGCCUCAGAUACAAUCAGCAAAGUAA